CGCGCCGCCGUGGCCAAUCGCGCUGCUCCGGGGGAGGAGCCCCAAAGGGGGAAAAGAAAGUGCGGCGGAAAGUAAGAGGCUCACUGGGGAAGACCGCCGGGAUCCAGGUCUCCGGGGUCCGCUCCGGCCGGAGGCGCGGAAAGAAGCGGCGCCCGGCGACACUGCGCCCAGCCCCGCUGCCUGCGCUGCGCCCGCUCAGCCUCCCAGGAAAGAACGCUGCGAUGACUGGGGACUAGAUACCAUGAGGCAAAUCCAAGUAUUUGAAGAUGAGCCAGCUCGCGUCAAGUGCCCACUCUUUGAACACUUCCUGAAAUUUAACUACAGCACAGCCCAUUCAGCUGGCCUUACUCUCAUCUGGUAUUGGACUAGGCAGGACCGGGACCUUGAGGAGCCAAUUAACUUCCGCCUCCCUGAGAACCGCAUUAGUAAGGAGAAAGAUGUGCUUUGGUUCCGGCCCACCCUCCUCAAUGACACUGGCAACUAUACCUGCAUGUUAAGGAACACCACAUAUUGCAGCAAAGUUGCAUUUCCCUUGGAAGUUGUUCAAAAAGACAGCUGUUUCAAUUCCCCCAUGAAACUCCCAGUGCAGAAACUAUAUAUAGAAUAUGGUAUUCAGAAGAUCACUUGUCCAAACGUAGAUGGAUAUUUUCCUUCCAGUGUCAAACCGACCAUCACUUGGUAUAUGGUAAGGAAAAUUAGACUACAUUUUAUUCUCUCUAAUGGCGUAUUAAAUGACAAUACUUAUUUGCUGAGUUAUAUGUAUAAGCAAAGGCAUUUCUGGGCAGAUUAUCUGAUUUAUUCCAUGAUAACUUUAUGAAAAUAUUUUACCACAUCUUCAUUUUGUACCAUUUUAAAGGAAGUGGUAUACAGUACUCUGUCUCAGGCCACUAUUUUUGAAAUUACUCUAACUAGAAUACCAAAACUACCUUAUUUCCGUUAACUUCAUGUGAAAUACAUUUUAAGAAAUUUUGCCCACUUCUAGUUCCUGCUUAAUGAAGUCAUAAGCUGUUAAUUUAUGAGGUGAAUUUCAACUCCUUGAUUUGUCAGUACUGCAUUUUCUUGUUUAUGUGUGUUUUCUUCUUUGCCCCCUUUGUAGGCACUGUCCAUCUAAGGCCUCUUCCACAUCUGAGGGAUUUGGAAAGUGUUUAACCAAAAUAUAAAAGUGUUGGAAGGUAGCAAUUGUAGCAGCAACAUAGCUUUUGAAUUGCUUCAACUUUCUACAUACACCAAAGCCAAAACCCCAUGGACAGAAUUUAUAACAUAACUCAGUGACAUGUUAUCCACAUGAACCACUUUUGAUAAAGUUAACUGAGACAAACCACCAACAGCCUAAGCCCAUAUGGGAUCAGUGUUUGUGAGUAAGGAAGGAAGCAUCUGGAAGUAGUGUGGUGUCUGUCAGACUUGACAGCAGGAGGGCACCAAAAGAGCCAACAGGUACUUACCGGAGAGUGUGAUGAGCCAAUUUGAGAACAGGAGCUGAAAUUGGGAGAGAUUUCGCUCUCUAGUAAAGGGUGGUGCAAGAGACCUAAACAAGAGGCACUGAAGGGGUGGGUAAAGUUGUAGUUGCUCACAACUCUGUAAUAUGACCAGCCAUGUUAAGGAGAAGCUACAGAGAGUAGAAUCAAAAGUAACCUGGAUGAGGACAAUAUAUCGGAAGGAAAGAGAAGGACUGGAUAAAAAUAGAGCAGGAGAAGAAACCCAGGACAUCUUAAGACCAAGACUUCACAGUUUUGAAAAGAUAACUUGGUGAACUUAGAAAAUCCUUUAAUAUUUUAAAAUUCAGAAAAAUCUGCUAUUUCCUAAAUGAGCUAAAAGACAUUUUAAAAUGUUAUAAGAUGUGAAGAAAUAAUAAGAAUUAGAAACAUCCAAAAAUUAUAUAUAUUAUGUAACUCCAUACAAACUUAGAAGAAAUUAAAUCAUUUUAGAAAUGAAGGUCAUCUAAGAGAAAGAUACCAGAAUAAAACACAAUAGAUAAUAGAAGAUUAAUAGAAGGUGAAAGGGAGAAAAAAAAUAAAAUUAAAAAUAAUAAAUAAAUAAAUGGCAGAUACAAUAAGAAAAUUAGAAUGGCCAUAAGAAUGUCAGAUAAAGUAGACAGUGAGGAUUACCAGAGAUAAAGAUGAUGUUUUAUAAUAAUGAAAGAAUCACUUUAUCAGGGAAACAUAAAAAUAACAAAAACUUAUGUGCUUAAUAACAAUGCUUUAAAAAUAUGCAGCAAAAGUCGACAGAACUCCAGAGAGAAAUAAAAAAUUCUACAAACACAGCUUGUUGUAGAUUUCAAAAGCUGAAAAUUUUAAAUUCUGUCUCUGCUUAAGUUGUUAAUAAUACAACUUAGGAGUCAAUUUGAAGAGUCUUCUGUUGGCCAAAGAUGAACAAUUUGAGCCUAAAUAAUUUGAACCUAAUUGCAAUGAUUUAAAUCCUAUGAAGUCAGGUGAAAUUUUUAAUUUCAUAAUGACAUUUCCACAAAAUUUCAUGAAUGAUAUUUGGAUGAUAGGAAAUCAGUUUAUUAUCUUAAAAACUGGUAAAGGAGAACAAUCAGGUUCUCAUUCUGGUUUUCCCAGAAGACAUGUAACACUGGUUAAUGAAGUGUUGUAAAGCAGUGUGUUUUGCAAAGUGUUUCUAAUAAUAAAUGAAAAUUUAAUGAUACAAUUAGAGCAUCAUCUUCUUGCAACUCUUAGUAAAUUAAUAAAUCUAAGCAUUUAAGCAUCAAAGACUGCUAACAUCACAAGAUGAAAAACCACCAGACAUGUUUCUUCUGAUAAAAGAAGAAAAUAUUGUCUAUUGAUUCAUAUUACCAAAUGAAUUAGACCUGAGUCCGAUUAAGCCUUUGGCUCCCACUGUCAUUUUGCAGGAGAUAUGUAAAUAACAUAGAAAUAUCUUGAAUUUCAGCAUGAAUAUGUCAUCAAUAAAAUCUAGUCUAUGUGAAUCUCUAUGGGUCAGAUGUGCUGAGUUCUUCAAAAGAUAAAUUAUAAGAAAAGGAAUAUCGUGAAAUGGGACUGUAUAUAUUAAAAGAAACAUAGGCAUUUAAAAAGUAGAUAGAAUUAUAGCAUCUAAGCAUGCACAUGUAGGUGAGAAAUAUAUAAAUAAAGUGAUUUUACUUUAUAAGUAUAGACAGUGACUACUUUGGAAAGUAGUAAAGGAGGUGUGAUUGAUAUGGGCCAUGAAGAAGGCCUUCAAGAGGGGUUGGCAAGGUUCCUGGACCUGAAUGAUGGUUACAAAGGCCUUUGCUUUGUAAUAACUCAUUAAUGCGUGUGUUUUAUUUUGUUUUGUUUUGUUUUUUUUGGUAUGUGCUUUACUUUACAAUAAAAUGACUAAGAGGGACAGAGGGAGAGAAGGAAGGGAGAAAAGGAGGGAGGAAGAGAAAGAGAUACAGAGAAAGAGACUGAUUUAAAAGAUUUAACAAUCAAUUGCAAUGAAUCAACUUCAGUUGGAUCUUUUUCAUUGGAAACAACUAUAUAACAGAUUAUUAAAAUAUCAGGGAAUUUUGAACAUGGAAUACUAAUGUUGCUAAUAAAUUAUUACUUUUUAAACUUGAUAAUGGUACUGUAGUUAUACUUGCAGAAGGAGUCUUAUUUUUGGAGACACUCAAAGAAAUAUUGUUUAGAAAUAGAAUUAUAUGAUGUAGGUGACUUGCUUCAAAAUAACCUUGGGGUGCAGUGAGUAGCUCUACAUGAAAUAGGACAUAGUCUCUAUUAAUACUUGUUGGGACUAGUAAAGAUACAGGAGCUUAUUGACCUCUCUCUGAUUAUAAAUUUUUAUAGUAAAAAGCCUAAAUGAUGGUUAACAGUUUUACAUACAUCAGUAAGUAAUAUGCCUUCCAGUUAAAAAAAAAGUAUGAUUAUUUACCCUGCAAUCAAGGUUUUAAUCUUGAACCUUAUUUGAUAAGGUUAUUCCCAUACACAUCCUGCCAUUUUUUCCUCUCCUUUUUCCUCAUGCGUUCCUUCUGCCUGGAAUGCCUUUCUCCCUUUAGAACAGAUCAAAUUGUACCACCUUUAUUAAUUGUUCCUUGUUCCCUCCAGCAGGAAAUAAUUUUCGUCUCAUGUACUCCUGUUUAUUUGUGCCUGUUUCAGUAUCAUUUUUUACUUCAUUUAUUUUUUUAGUCACUCAUUCAUGACUACAGAUAGUCCUUGAUAUACAGUGGUUGGACCUAAGUUUUUCAACUUGAUGAUGUGUUUAUUGGGAUAAAACCUCAUGGCAUGUCAAGUAGCUUCUUAUGAUUUAUGAUGGGGCUAUGGUUUCUAGUGAAUGUUUAUCACUUUCACAUUACCAUAAAGUUAAAAAAUCAUAAAUAGAACCAUCGUGUUGGGGACCGUCUGCUGUGUUGCCACCAUUAAAUCCAUUUUUGACUUAACUAUAAUUUUGACUUAUGAUAGGUUUAUUGGUAUGUAACUUUCACCAUAAGUUGAAGAAUAUCUGUAUAUUAGCCGAAGAUUAACUGUGAUUAAUGCAGUAUGCCAGGGAGUUAGGGGAACACCAUAAUGAAUAAAAUAUAUGCCAACAGCUGUGUAGUCCCAGAGGACCUCAUAAUUUAAUGCAAAUAA